UGUUCCUUCAACUUCAUCGGGAUUCUCCCUUGUGUGUUGAGUCUGAGUAGUAUAUCUGCUCGUAUAUAUCAAUCCAUCUUUGAUUCUUUUGUGCCCCUUCGAGAUCCUCAUUAUUUUGUGAGAGCGAUCUCAUUCGAUCACUUGUCUUCUUCACUUUUUGCCUGGCCAGCCUAUCGAUAAGGGCUAUCCAAGGAACCACCCCCCACUCACAAGAAGACUUUCGGUCGCCCCCUCCCACUCCCCGCUAUUACUGGUCCACCUUUCGCUCAGGUUCUUUUUUUCCCUUUUCUCUCUCGCCUUCAUCGGACAGCUUUUAUCUAGGCUUCCUGACCGUCCCUUCCUCUUCCCUUUCCGCCUUACCUACCCACCACCACCUCCCCCCUCCUCCUCUCCUCUCUCCUCUCCUCCCAUCAACCACUCGCUUAUUCGACAAGAUGGUGUCUGCCUCCAAAGCCGCUCGUUUGGCAAAGCGUGCCGCCGAUGGCGCCGACAAGAAGAAGCCCACCAAGGGCAAGAAGGACGACCCCGUCGUCGACGGUGAGGGCGGCGAUGACCAGCCUGCCACCACCGAUGAAAAGAUGAAGGAGGUCGAGAAGUUGACUGCUCAGAUGGACAAGCACGGUCUCUCCGAUCGUGUCACGACCGGUGUCCUUGCUUCUCUGCCCUCCUCCCGCGACGUCAAGGUCACUUCCGCCUCCCUGGUGUUCCACGGAAAGGUUCUUAUCACCGACUCGACUCUCGAACUGAACUUCGGUCGUCGUUAUGGUCUCCUCGGUGAGAACGGCUGCGGAAAGUCUACUAUCCUCAAGUCCAUCGCCACCCGCGAAUACCCCAUCCCCGAGCACAUUGAUAUCUACCUUCUGAACGAGGGUGCUCCUCCCAGUGAGCUCGGUGCCCUUGAGUGGGUUGUCACCGAGGCCCAGAACCAGCUCGAACGAAUGGAGAAGCAGGCUGAAGAAAUUCUUGAGAAGGAGGGUCCUGACUCUCCUAUCCUCGAGGAUCUGUACGACCGUAUGGACAAGAUGGAUCCCUCGACCUUCCACACCCGUGCCUCCCUGAUCUUGACCGGUCUGGGUUUCAACAAGCAAACCAUCCACAAGAAGACCAAGGACAUGUCUGGUGGUUGGCGUAUGCGUGUGGCCCUUGCCAAGGCCCUCUUCGUCAAGCCCUCUCUGCUUCUGCUCGACGACCCCACUGCUCACUUGGAUCUCGAGGCCUGUGUGUGGUUGGAAGAAUACCUCAAGAAGUGGGAGCGUACCCUGAUCCUCGUCUCCCACUCCAUGGAUUUCCUCAACGGUGUUUGCACCAACAUGAUCGACAUGCGCAUGAAGCAGCUCCUCUACUACGGUGGUAACUACGACUCCUACCACAAGACUCGUGCCGAACAGGAGACGAACCAGAUGAAAGCCUACAACAAGCAGCAGGAAGAAAUUGCUCACAUCAAGAAGUUCAUUGCUUCCGCCGGUACCUACGCCAACUUGGUCAGACAGGCCAAGUCCCGUCAGAAGAUCCUGGACAAGAUGGAGGCCGAUGGUUUCAUCCAGCCCGUCAUCCCCGACAGAGUCUUCAGCUUCCGCUUCGCCGAUGUCGAGAAGCUUCCUCCUCCCGUCCUGUCCUUCGAUGACGUCUCUUUCUCCUACUCUGGCAAGUGGGAGGACACCCUGUACGAGCACCUCGACUUCGGUGUCGACAUGGACUCCCGCACAGCCCUUGUCGGACCCAACGGUGUCGGAAAGUCCACUUUGCUGCGCAUCAUGACCGGCAAGCUGAGCCCCAUCGGUGGUCGUGUCUCCCGUCACACUCACUUGAAGCUGGGCAUGUACAGUCAGCACUCUGCUGAGCAGCUGGAUCUGACCAAGUCUGCCCUCGAGUUUGUCCGUGACAAGUUCCCCGAGAAGUCUCAGGACUACCAGUACUGGCGUCAGCAGCUGGGCCGUUACGGUCUCAGCGGUGAGUCCCAGACUGCCCUCAUGGGUACUCUGUCCGAGGGUCAGAAGUCUCGUAUCGUCUUCGCCCUGUUGGCUAUCGAGUCGCCUAACAUGAUCCUGCUGGACGAGCCUACCAACGGUCUGGAUAUCCCCACCAUUGACAGUUUGGCCGAUGCCAUCAACGCUUUCAGCGGUGGUGUUGUCGUCGUGUCCCACGACUUCCGUCUCCUUGACAAGAUCGCCAAGGACAUCAUGGUCUGCGAGAACAAGACCGUCACCCGCUGGAACGGUACUAUCGGCGAGUACAAGAACCACCUCCGCAAGAAGAUGAUUUCCGAGGGUGCUGUCUAAAGUACAAACCACUGAAAAAGAAGGAAGAAGUGAUUAAUCUUCUUGUUUAUGAUUGGAAUGUUCGAGACGACACACACAUGCAAAUAUAAAAAAGGCUUGUAAGGGGAAGGAAAAAAGUUUCUCUUUACCGUUACAGGAGAGAUGAACCAUCCUGAUGAAUGACAUUCGCGCGGAAGGUUAUCCGUUUUUUCUACUAUUUUUCCCUUUUUUUCAAAUACCUGGAGAUAUCUUUGCUCAUUACUACUACUACACAUUUGGGUGCUUUGUUUUAGAUGGUCUGUGUUUCAUCUUUUCAUACCUUCAUCGUCUCUCCCCCACACCUAACUAGACUUGAGCGUUUGAGGGUUUCAAUUUGAUAUUAUUCCCUUGCUAU